AUGUUGCAUAAAUACUUGAGCAAGAUCUUCGCUCCCGGUAUUGGGAUGCGAAUCCUACCUUAUGUUUGCUUCAACCUUGCCAUCGUUGCCAACGGUAUUAACAACGGUAUCAUUAACUCGAUCCAGGCAUCCGAGCAAUGGCAAACCUUCUUCGAGUUCCCUUCGGGAUCUACGUUAGGUAUCCUCAACUCGAUUAGUAUCCUGGGCAUGGUUCUAGGAAACGUCAUCGCACCGUGGACCGCUAACGACCGUUUUGGCCGAAGAAUCUGCACAGCUAUCGGCUGCUGCAUGCUUAUCCUUGCCACUGGUCUGCAAGCUGGUGCCAAGAACAUUGGAAUGUACCUUGCUGCUCGUUUCAUCUUGGGUCUCGGUUCAAUCUACGUGCAUCAGGCCGCUCCUGCCUUUUUGUCCGAGUUCGCCGCUCCUUCGGAACGUACCGCCAUCCUCGGUCUUUACUUGCCCAACAUGUAUCUCGGUAACGUUGUCAUCGGUUGGGUCUGCUACUCGACCGUUACCUGGAGCAGCAACUGGUCGUGGCAAGUUCCCUCGAUGGUACAAGCGAUCCCUCCACUGCUUCAGCUGGCUCUCUUGCCCUUUGUCCCCGAAUCGCCUCGUUGGUUGGUCGUCCACGGCCAGACUGAGAAGGCCAGGGAAGUCCUCAUUAAAUACCACGGUCAAGGCGAAGAGACCGAGGUGGUUGCCUGCACAUUGCAGGAAAUCAUUGACAGCGUGGAGGACGAAAAGACUGGUCACAGGUCUGGUGGAUGGCUCGACCUGGUCCGAACCAAGGACAUGCGUAUCCGUACCGUCAUCGCUGCUUUGGUUGGAAUCGCAUCUCAGUGGAGUGGCAACGGUAUCAUCACCUACUAUCUGACUACUGUCCUCAAGAGUGCUGGAAUCACUUCUCCCAAGACUCAAACCAUGUUCACCGCCUUCCUCAACUUGUACACCUAUCUCUUCGCCACCGGCCUUGCGCCCCUCACCUCGCUCUUCGGCCGUCGUCCCAUCUUCAUGACCGCGCUCAUCAGCAUGCUGCUCAUCUGGGUCACUUUUACUGGAUUGUCAGCUGGUUACAUACAGACCGGCCACAAGGCCAUGGCUUCCGGUGUCUUGGGCAUGCUUUUCCUUUACCAAACCGCUUACGGCGCUGUCUGGGUCACCCUCUUCAUGUUCCCCGUCGAGUUAUUCCCUUCCGCCCUCCGUGCCCGGGGUCUGGCUGCUCAGAACAGUAUUGACUACCUCGGUCUUUUCUUGAACGUCUACGUCAACCCGAUGGCUAUGGAUGCCAUCAAGUGGAAGUACUACCUCGUCUACGUCCCCGUCAUCGUCGUCCAGAUGGUGGUCGUCUACUUCCUCUUCCCCGAGACUGCUGGCUACCCUCUUGAAGUUGUCGAGCAAUAUUUCAUCGACCACCCUCGCUGGUUUUCGGGGCCCAAAUCUAAGAAACUCAUGGCCGAGACCGCUGCUCGACACGGUGCACGACUCACUGAGCUGUCAGGUGCUGCUGUUGCGAACUUCCACGACGUUGAGACACCGGAAGCCCCUUCACGAGAUGAGUCAUUCAGUGGAGAGAAGAAUGUUACGAGGGUUCAAACUGUACCUACGUUGAGCGAUUAGUGUGGAGUUAAUGUUGUAGAUCUCUUUAAGGCCUUGCUUGAUAGUAUAUAAGCUUCUCGAUAGAAUGGAUAAGUGCUUUGUAGUCAUCAG